AUGGGCGAGGAACAAAAAAAGAUCCUCACCGAUUUUGUUGACAAAGCCAUUUCCCCCGAAGCCAGCAUGGCAGCAAAAAGUUUCCUCACGGUCUUGGGCUUGGAAAAUGGCACUGCUUUGAGCGACGAUGCGAAGAAAGCGGUGGAGUGGAUUUGCAAGGCGAAAAGCAGCGUGGGGAAGCUGGUGGCGAAGCAUGUGAAAAACCUGCAAGACUUGCAGAAGCAGCUGGCUGAAGAGAGCGUGGAUGAAGUGAAGGAAGCCACACGUGCUGAGGUUCUGAGCAUGCUAAGUCACAUCAGUGAAAAGGAGAAAAAGGAUCUCUUCAGCGUGGUGCCUGCCUUGGUGGCGAAAGCACGCAUGUGUGAGCCGCAUGACCUAGAGCUUGCAGGCAAACUUGCGUCUGCAGAGGAUUUUUUCUUGGACUUCUUAGACACUGAGCUGACGGCGGCCAUGGAUUCACUCAAACAUGAAGAUGCUGAGGCAGCACCUCUGUGUUUGGUGACUGACUGGGGUUGGACAAGGGAAAGUACGCGCAAGCUGCAAGGCCAAUACAAGUCUGCAACAGCGUUUGUCCAGAUUUACCGCAAAGUCAAUCGGAAGGAUGGCCCUGACCUGGCGCAAUUCUGUGGGUUGUCACAGCUUCUCUCAACACUUCCCAUGCCGUUUCAAGAGGAGAAAAGGAUGGUGGAGGAGUGGGCUGCCCAGUUGGAGUCUCGGUAUGAAAGCCUCCAAGAAAAGACCCUUCAUGGAGUUUUCCAGAAGUGCAAGGAAGUAGACAGCAGCAUAGAUUUGAUUCUGAAGGUGGCGCAAGGAGAGGCACCUCCACACAGUCUUAAUCUUUCUGUCCUUCACAAGUUGGAGACACAAUCAAUGGGAAGUUCAAUGAAAACGCUCAGCCAGUGGUUUGAAGCUCAUGGGGCGGUCAAUGACAACAUGGCCGCAAGCCACCUGUGGAAAGUGCUCUUGACUGUGCGAGCGCUGAUGAAGGAGCCCAUGAACAUCAGGUGCGAUUCCGAAGAUGGGGUGAGCACUUUCAAAGUUUUCGCUUCCUUGGACAUUGACAGAAGUGGAACUCAGAAGCUCCCAACCAUGGGGGUUUGCUCAUGGUGCGAUGUGAACAAUGAGCUGAUGAGUCCAGGGCAUUGCCAAGGAGGUCAGCUCGGAACCAUCCUUCUUCAGAAGAUGGGCUGUUUGGAGAAGGAGAUGCACAACAACCUCCACAAGCAGUGCAUGAAGGCUUACGAAGAAUUUGCCGAUGUUCUUUUGAAAGAGUUGGCUGCCAGCUUGCUUGCCGCCGUGCCAGCUUUUUUGCGAAAGCUGGCUGCCAGCUUGCUCGGUGGCGUGCCAGUUUUUGGAAAGAGCUGGACGCGAAAAGCGAAGGAAGAAGUGGUGAAGUGGCUGAAGACAGAAGAUCCGACUUUUGCGGAGCUCCGCAUCAACUUGAAGGAGUUGGGACCGAAACUUGAAAUGAUGGCGAAGUUUCAUUCCGAAAUGGCCAAGUUGACCGAAGGUUUGCCCAAGGAAUAUGUAGCACUCACGACCAAAGGUGCCUCUGAGAGCCUGUCUAUCAUGGCAGGGGUCCUUUGUGCUGCCAGUUGGCAAGAAAUUUUGGGCAUGCCAGAGGGGAAGGCCCAAUUUGACGCCGCAUCUGCCGCUCUCACCAGCCAUGUUCUUUGGUCAAGAAAGAAAUGCAAGCAAAGUGGUUACAACCCAAGCAACCCUCUUAUCCUCUUGGCAAGCAUCAGAAAAAACAGGUGA